AUAUAGAUAUGUGACACACUGUAUAAUCUACGAACAAACGGGUUAGAUCUGGUAAAGCUUAAAAUCAAACAAGAACUAAAAGACUCACAUAUAAUCCCAGAAAAAGUAAACAAUUAUGCACGGAAUAAAAUUAAUAUGCAUAAAUAUCUGUUUAUAUUCAUUAAUGCCAGUAAUUUCGCAAAAUACGGCAAACAUUCACGGCCCAGGAUUGGAUCCAAUAAAUAUUAUUUUACCCGCCCGCUACUUCAGCAUAGUUUUAAAUGAAAACUCGAACAAGAGCAGUGCCAUUGAAUUUAAAGCCAGAGGACAUGCAUUCAACUCAGGGGAUACAAAAAGGCCCUGCAGAGUAUGGCACAACAUACUAAAUAGAAGAGAUGGUUCAUUCAUUGCCAGAUAUAAACUGUAUGAGGAAUGCAUUAAUUUUCAACUAGAAGUUACCCAAGAUGGUGUUCAUCUAGGAGGAUCUCCAUAUAAAUUUGGAAAGGCUGUGAUCAAGCAUGAAAUGUGUAAUUGUCCUAGAGAUUUCAAUCACUGGUUAGUUAAAAAUCAGUGUGGGGAUGUUCCUGAACAAGUUCAAAUGGAUCUGCAAUAUUUUCGUAAUAUAAAUUGGGCAAAGUUAAGAUCUCAAGUCAUUGAACGUUUUAAUAAACCGGAAGCAAUAAGUAUCUGUCACUACGUGAUAUCGGACAAUCGCCUCUACCGAAAAUGUUAUGGCGAACACGUGGGCUUCAAAAUGUUCACGGACAACAUCCUCUUAUUCCUACUACGGAGAAUCAAAUUUCCUGACAUGGAGUUCAUGACGAAUCUGGGCGAUUGGCCGCUUGUGCGAGAAAAGGCCGUGCCAGUUUUCUCUUGGUGUGGAAGCGAAGACACUUAUGAUAUUGUCAUGCCCACGUACGAUAUUACACAAGCGACCCUCGAGAACAUGGGCAGGGUUACGCUGGAUAUGCUCUCAGUACAAGGAAACACGCCGAGACAAUGGGAUGAGCGAGAAGCAAAAGUUUUCUGGCGCGGCAGAGACUCGCAUCCGUCUCGACUAAAAUUAAUUGACAUUGCCAAAGAACAUCCGGAACUAUUCAAUGUUUCCAUGACAAAUUUCUUCUUUUAUAAAAACAAGCAGGAGAAAUAUGGGCCGAAAAGUCCGCAUGUUUCGUUUUUCAAGUUUUUUGAUUACAAAUUUCAAAUUGGCAUUGAUGGAACUGUGGCCGCAUACAGGUUUCCGUACCUUCUGGCUGGUGGUUCUCUUAUUUUUAAGCAAACUUCGAAAUAUUACGAACAUUUCUACCACCUCCUCAAACCAGAGGAACAUUACAUUCCAAUUGAAGAGGAUCUAAGCGAUUUGAAAAGCAAGGUCGAUUGGGCCGUCAAUCAUGACGAUGAAUCUCAACAAAUGGCAAAAAAUGCUCAAGAAUUCGCCAAUAACCAUCUCCUUCCCAAUGAUAUAAUUUGCUAUCACGCGCAUCUUUUUAACGAGUACAGUAAAUUAUUAUCUGGUGAUAAUUCCUUAUUGGAUGGAAUGGAGGAAGUUCCACAACCGACAGAAUCUCAAACGUGCCAGUGUCUUCCUGAUCAAUUAAAAGAUGAAUUGUAAAUUUUAUAAACAGGGUUUGUCCUGAUUCACCCUGUAUUUUUUUAUAAUGGAUUCAGCAGAACAAAAAUAUAUUAAUAACGUAGCAAUAAACAAA